CCUGUCGUCUUGCAUUUUAUUAUUUUGUACAAAGCAUACAAAACAAGACAACUCUCGAUUCAGUAAAAGGAGUGGAUGAAAAAUAACGAAUUUUUCAUGAACAGCACAUCACUAGCGUACAUGUAUUUUUGCAACGCUCCCGCACACAACCGGGGCGGUUUGGGCAGCAGGUGUAGAGCGUUCGAACUGCCUGCUGGGGUCAACGGGACUCCCUGCUCCACUAAAACCAAUGACAACUGGGUGCCGUUUUCAAGGGAUUGUUAAAUAAAUGUUAACUAUUUGUUUGUAAUAAUAUCACCUCUUUAAGAGCGUAGUCAGAACUACAAAUGUCCGAGUAUUCCAUGCAAAACAAAUAAUACAUUUAGCUUUAUCAGUUACAUUAUCAGCAUUUGCCGAUGUACUGUUAGCUGAUAAUGUUUACUUUGCAAGCUACCGAUUGAAACUUUGUACAGUUGCCUAAACAGUGGUAAGUAGACCUAAUGUACUUUUUCUACAAUCAAAGUAGGCCUACCUAGCGAAGUUAUCUAACAUUUUCCUCUUUUCAACUUUGUUUUUAAGAGCGUUUAAUAAUGCUGCUGACAGACAUGAUAGGCUACAUUGACUGAUGGACUAUGUCAAAUUGGCUAGCUAAUAACAGAUCACGUCAAUAUGGCUAGUUAACAAGUUAACAUUCAGGGGAUAAACUAGAUGGCUAUAUUGUUUGAUUUGCUUGCCAUAUACUGUAGUGGUGAUGACAGUAGUCCGACUGACAACUUUACCAGGAGGAGGAUUUGCGGAUGUCAAGCCCUUUCCGAAAGCCUUAUCUCCGAUGAAGCAAGCUAAAUGACACAUAUUGUUUAUUUAGCUAGCUAACGUUACAUGCCAAAUGGAAAAAAUGUUCAGUCGAAGUUUACGGAUCAUGAAAAGCAUGCAGUUACUUGCUUUAUAACUCCGAUGAUAGAGCUAAAUGUGGAGUAAUCGGAAAUAUGUAGUUCUGACUAUGCUCUUCAAGGUGAUGAUACUAAAACCAAAUAGUUAUAACAUUUAUUUAACAAAGUUGUCAAUGGUUUUAGCGGACCUGGGGAUUUUCUUGACCCCAACAGCCAAAUCGAAUGCUCGGCACGGGUAUUGUGACGUUAUAGUGAUUAUGACCUAGCUAUAUAUACUCUGACGUCGUCGGCGGAGUUCGCUGCCUGUGCUCUCAUCGCAAGUUCCAAACGUGAAAACGAGAUUGCAGCCUAGCUACCUGUAGUCGGUUGACCAAAGCUGACUUUCAGACUGCGGAUAAGUAGUGGAGAAAGUAACGGAAAUAACUAAAAGGUUAUCCGAAGGCAGUUAUUCUCCUUAUCUGCUUAUAUUGUUGUAAAGUUAUUGUAACCAUGCACUGUUUGAAAAUAUUACGGGUGACCAACGCAGCAGCUGUUGAAACCUUAAAAGACACGACUAAAAUAGUUUUCAAAAAGGUUUGUUAUAAGGGUUUAUUACCGGGUUGUCGUCCUAAUGUGAAAGUUCAACCGGCACAAUGUUUCAACUCAAGCUCAACAGAUCUUCACCGCAUCGGAACAACCUUAGACAUGGACCAAGUGUUUUCCAAACUGAGCAAUGGGAAGGGUCUCUUCUCAGAGGUAGAAGAUAUGCUCUUCUACACCAUCACGGAGGGUCAGGAACAAGUCCCCGUCUCACACUUUAUCUCUGUGAGCCCUCAAGAGGACUGGUCUUAAUACAUCCGACCCACGACUGAAGGACUGUAUGGACAAGCUGCAACGCUCCGUAUCGGAAUCCUUUCAUGACGUCAUGUUGGACCGGGAACUCUUCCACAAGUGCGUAGGUGGGAACAUAGUGCUUCUGAUCCAGGCCUUCAGAAAGAAGUUCAUCAUCCCUGAGUUUGAUUCCUUCGGUACAAAAAUAGAUCAAAUCUACAACACCGUUCACAAAAACCACAACGGACAUGUAGCCGUCUACAUUCCUCACCUGGCCAAGUUCAGUCCUGAUCUCUGGGGUGUGUCCCUGUGUACAGUGGACGGACAGAGACACUCAGUAGGGGACACUAAGCAGCCCUUCUGUCUCCAGUCAUGUGUGAAGCCUCUGGAGUAUGCUGUGGCCAUUCACGAGGCUGGGACAGAGAAGGUACACCGCUACGUAGGGAUGGAGCCCAGCGGACUCAAGUUCAACAAGCUCUACCUGGAUGAGGAUGACAAACCCCACAACCCCAUGGUGAACGCUGGAGCCAUUGUGAUUAGCUCUCUUAUCAAGCCUGGUUCGAAUAAGGCAGAGAAGUUUGACUAUAUGAUGGAUUUUAUCAAGAAGAUGGCUGGUCGAGAGUACGUGGGGUUCAGCAAUGCCACGUUCCAGUCUGAAAAAGAAACAGGCGACAGAAAUUUUGCAAUUGGAUACUACCUCAAAGAGAAGAAGUGUUUUCCUACUGGGGCAGAAAUGAUUGAUGCGCUGGACUUCUAUUUCCAGCUGUGUUCCAUAGAGGUCACCUGCGAGUCUGGAAGCGUCAUGGCGGCCACGCUGGCCCACGGGGGAAUCUGCCCAAUCACCGGCGAGCGCGUCCUGAGUGCCGAGGCUGUAAGGAACACCCUGAGUCUCAUGCACUCCUGCGGCAUGUACGACUUCUCUGGACAGAUGGCCUUCCAU